CCAAUCGCUGCUGCGGGCGUGUAACUCGAAUGAGAGAGAGCUAUUAAUAAGUCAUGUAGAAAACGUGCACCUUCAAGCUGAGCUAAAACCUUUCAUUUAUUUUCACCAUUCAUCCUGUUGCGACCAUCUUUGGAUUAUAAAUAGCUUGCCAGAGCCAGCGGAUCCAGCAGAGCACGAGACACCCAAGAAACACACAGAAGCGAGGAGCACUACUUGUUGGUUGGAUUCUCUUCAGUCUAGCAGCUAGUCCAGUUAAGUUUCAGACACACAUGGGGAGCAUUGGCAGAGGCACGGCCAACUGCGCCACCGUGCCGCAGCCGCCGCCGUCGACAGGGAAGCUCAUCACGAUCCUGAGCAUCGAUGGCGGCGGCAUCCGCGGCCUUAUCCCGGCGACCAUCAUUGCGUACCUCGAGGCCAAGCUCCAGGAGCUGGACGGCCCGGACGCUCGGAUCGCCGACUACUUCGACGUGAUUGCCGGGACGAGCACCGGCGCCCUGCUCGCGUCGAUGCUGGCGGCGCCGGACGAGAACAACCGGCCGCUGUUCGCCGCCAAGGACCUCACCACGUUCUACCUCGAGAACGGCCCAAAGAUCUUCCCACAGAAAAAGGCUGGGUUGCUGACGCCGCUGAGGAACCUGCUGGGCCUGGUGCGGGGCCCCAAGUACGACGGCGUGUUCCUGCACGACAAGAUCAAGAGCCUGACGCACGACGUCAGGGUGGCGGACACGGUGACCAACGUCAUCGUGCCGGCGUUCGACGUCAAGUCCCUGCAGCCCAUCAUCUUCUCGACGUACGAGGCCAAGACCGACACCCUCAAGAACGCGCACCUCUCCGACAUCUGCAUCAGCACGUCGGCGGCGCCCACCUACUUCCCGGCGCACUUCUUCAAGACCGAGGCCACCGACGGCCGGCCCCCCCGCGAGUACCACCUCGUGGACGGCGGCGUCGCGGCCAACAACCCCACCAUGGUCGCCAUGUCCAUGCUCACCAAGGAGGUGCACCGCCGCAACCCCAACUUCAACGCCGGCAGCCCCACCGAGUACACCAACUACCUCAUCAUCUCCGUCGGCACCGGGUCGGCCAAGCAGGCGGAGAAGUACACCGCGGAGCAGUGCGCGAAGUGGGGCCUCAUCCAGUGGCUCUACAACGGCGGCUUCACGCCGAUCAUCGACAUCUUCUCGCAUGCCAGUUCCGACAUGGUUGACAUCCAUGCGUCGAUCCUCUUUCAGGCCCUGCACUGCGAGAAGAAGUACCUUCGCAUCCAGGAUGAUACUUUGACUGGGAACGCAUCGUCCGUGGACAUCGCCACCAAGGAGAACAUGGAGUCUCUGAUAUCGAUCGGCCAGGAGCUGCUCAACAAGCCAGUGGCGAGAGUGAACAUCGACACAGGGCUGUACGAGUCCUGCGAGGGUGAGGGCACAAAUGCACAGUCGCUAGCUGACUUCGCCAAGCAGCUCUCUGACGAGCGCAAGCUACGCAAGAGCAAUCUCAACUCCAACUAAUAAAUACCUCUCGGUCACAGCAUGUGCUCUUUCUGCAGAUUCACCGUUUCUUAUUUUUAAUUUCAAUUUCAAUUCAGUGUAUGUGUGUGUGUGACUGUGUGUGUACCAAUAAACAUUUAAGUUCACUCAUUUGCUUGUCUAUGAUCAAAAGAACCAUUUCCUUC